CUUGAAUCAUCCCCAAAAUAAAAAUAUUUUCUUGAUGCGUCUGUUAUUGAAUCUCAUUCAAAACCCUAAUUUCAUUUCUUGUAGAUUCGAUCUUGCUACUAAACCCUAUACUCGAUCUUACUCUGGUAGUAUAAGCUUAUUAUUAUCAUCAUCAUCCGAUAAUAAUAAUAAUAAUAACUACUACCAGAACUAUUUUAACUAUAAGAAAUCACAUAAUAAUAAUAAUAAUAAUAAUCGAAACAAGAAAUUAUUAUCAUUCUCGACAUCGUCGUCGUCGUCGUCGUCGUCGAGAUUGGAUAAUAUGGGUGUUGUAACUAAAACAAGUGAAGAUGAAGGAACAGCCAAAAAAAUUUGGAAUAAAUAUAAGAAAGAAUCUGUUUAUGCCAUGUAUACACCAUUUGUUGUUUGUUUAACUUCUGGAGAUUUGGAUUUGAAAACUUUUCAUCAUUAUAUUGCUCAAGAUGCUUACUUCCUUAAAGCUUUUUCACAAGCUUAUGAGUUAGCGGAAGAAUGUGCAGAUGAUGAUGAUGCUAAAGCCGCGAUCUUAGAGUUGAGAAAUAAAGUGGUUCACGAACUUCAAAUGCACGAAUCCUAUGUUCGAGAAUGGGGUUUUAAUCCUGCAGAAGAGAUUGCUCCCAACUCUGCAACGGUGAAAUACACUGAGUUCUUAUUAGCAACAGCAUCUGGUAAAGUUGAAGGAGAGAAAAGUCUUGGUAAAAUUGCAACUCCAUUUGAGAAGACGAAAAUUGCUGCUUAUGCGCUUGGUGCUAUGACACCUUGUAUGAGGCUCUAUGCAUUUCUAGGGAAGGAGAUCCGGGAACUAGUCAGUCCUGGUGAAGUCAAUCACCCUUAUAAGAAGUGGAUUGAUACCUACUCCUCUGAUGAUUUUGAGGCUGAUGCUUUGCAAACUGAGGAAUUGCUUGAUAAAUUAAGCAUUUCUUUAACCGGUGAAGAACUUGAAGUCAUGGAAAAGCUUUAUCAUCAAGCUAUGAACCUUGAAAUAGACUUUUUUGAUGCGCAACCAGUUACUCAGCAAAUUCUCAUCCCAUUAUCCAAAAUGAUUGACCCUAAUGAGGAGCGUCUCAUGCUAUUUACUGAUUUUGAUUUGACAUGCACGGUUGUGGAUUCCUCUGCCAUUCUAGCAGAGAUAGCUAAAUUAACUGCACCAAAAGCUGAUCAGCAGCAGCAGCAGCAGGAUGAGGAUGGAAAUACACUUUCUCGGAUGUCAUCAACUGACCUGAGGAAGACUUGGGAUGAACUUUCUGGGAGAUAUACUGAGGAGUAUGAACAAUGCAUAGAAAGCAUUUUGACCCGUGAGAAAGCUGUGGGUUUGGAUAUUGAUGGUCUACGCAAUGCUCUUGAGCAGUUGUCUGAGUUUGAGAAACGGGCAAAUGUAAGAGUGAUUGAGUCAGGCGUAUUAAAGGGUAUAAGCUUGGAUGACAUUAAACGAGCUGGCGAGCAUAUGAUACUCCAAGAUGGUUGUAUAAAUUUACUUCAGAAGGUGUUAGCGAAUGACGGGUUGAAUGCAUCUGUCCAUGUACUUUCAUAUUGUUGGUGUUCAGAUCUCAUGAGAGCAGCUUUUUCACCAGGGGGUCUAGACAGCUUGUUGGAUAUACAAGCAAAUGAGUUUGCUUACGAAGAUGGGGUUUCUACGGGAGAAAUUCUUAGGGAAGUGCAGUCUCCUAUAGACAAAGUUGCAUAUUUCAAGCAAAUAUUUCAGCAGAACGAAAAUGAAAAUGGCAAGCUGAAUGUGACUGUUUAUAUUGGUGACUCAGUGGGCGACUUGCUAUGCCUGCUUGAAGCUGAUAUCGGAAUUGUAAUCGGAUCAAGUGAAAGCCUAAGAAAGGUAGGAAGUCACUAUGGUGUCAAGUUUGUUCCUCUCUUCCCUGGCGUCGUGAAUAAGCAGAAGGAAUUCGUCAAAAGCAAUUUAUCAUCUGGCUGGGAGGGUCUAUCUGGAGUUCUGUACACAGCCUCUAGUUGGGCUGAAAUACAUGCACUCAUUCUGGGUCAUCAAUAGUAGAAAAAUAUGAUUGUCUUUGGUAUUUGUUUUUAUUGUAUUCUGUUGGGAAGUUGGCAUUAUGUUGAACAAAACUAUGAAGGCUUCAACACAACAGGGGGAAGCACUCCCACCAAGGUCGUUAUACAAAAGACCCUAGUUAGCAAUCACUCGAUUGUUUGCGGAUUAUUGCCUAUUGCCUCUUUUCAGUAUUAAACACGCGUCCAGUUGAAAUGUAUGUAAUAAGACGCAUAUUUUUGAAACAGAAAAUGUUAUUAUACACGAUCUGCCGAAUUGGAUUAAAAUUUUGGGGGCA